UCUCCCCGCCCCACAAGCCUUUGCAAAGAAGAAAGAACUUGACGGCGAUAAGAUGGAGCAUUAGGGAGAGUCGGCGCUCUGGGGGGGCCGAGGGAAACGGAUCGGAAUAAGGCAGAGGGCGAAGAGUGUCGCAUCUCAGUGGCUUCUAUAUGCUCGCGCCUCGUCUGUCCUUGUGCUGAGAGAAACUACGGACGAGGAUGGCCAGCGCUAGUGGUUCGAAAGCGGAAUUUAUCGUCGGUGGAAAAUACAAACUGGUCAGGAAGAUCGGCAGCGGCUCGUUUGGAGACAUCUAUCUGGCGAUCAACAUCACCAACGGCGAGGAGGUGGCCGUGAAAUUGGAAUCACAGAAAGCGAGGCAUCCCCAGCUUCUCUACGAGAGUAAACUGUACAAGAUCUUGCAGGGAGGAGUCGGAAUCCCGCACAUCCGGUGGUAUGGGCAGGAAAAGGAUUACAAUGUCCUAGUUAUGGACUUGCUUGGACCUAGCCUUGAAGAUCUGUUUAACUUUUGUUCACGAAGAUUCACGAUGAAAACUGUUCUCAUGUUAGCUGAUCAGAUGAUCAGCAGAAUUGAAUAUGUGCAUACAAAGAAUUUUAUUCACAGAGAUAUCAAACCAGACAACUUUCUAAUGGGUAUUGGACGUCAUUGUAAUAAGUGUUUAGAAUCUCCAGUGGGGAAGAGGAAAAGAAGCAUGACUGUUAGCCCUUCUCACGACCCAGCUUUCUCAGGAUUAAAUCAGCUGUUUCUGAUCGACUUUGGUUUGGCCAAAAAAUACCGUGACAACCGGACAAGGCAACACAUACCAUACAGGGAAGACAAAAAUCUUACAGGAACAGCCCGUUAUGCUAGCAUCAAUGCACAUCUAGGUAUUGAACAGAGUCGUCGUGAUGAUAUGGAAUCACUAGGCUAUGUACUGAUGUACUUCAACAGGACAAGUCUUCCUUGGCAAGGACUAAAGGCAGCCACAAAGAAACAGAAAUACGAAAAAAUUAGUGAGAAGAAGAUGUCCACGCCAGUUGAGGUUUUGUGCAAGGGAUUCCCUGCUGAAUUUGCAAUGUACCUGAACUACUGCCGUGGAUUACGUUUUGAAGAAGCACCAGAUUACAUGUAUCUCCGACAGUUAUUCCGUAUUCUCUUCAGAACCUUAAAUCAUCAGUAUGACUAUACCUUUGACUGGACAAUGUUGAAGCAAAAGGCAGCACAACAGGCAGCUUCUUCUAGUGGGCAAGGGCAGCAGGCCCAAACACCCACAGGCAAACAAACUGAAAAGUCCAAGAGCAACAUGAAAGGUUUCUGAUCUCGAGGUUGAAUCAAAGGAGCAAAGCAGCAUGUGAGAGCAGGUUGCCUUUUGUCACUCCCCUUCUGAUUCUGGUUUUUGUUUCACAUGUACAUGCCAUUCAGUGGACAACCAUUAAACUGAAUUAAACUCUACUGGAUACAGCUGACUCUGGGAAGAGCAUAUAAAAACUGUACCUGCAUCUGUAGCAGCCUUUAAUCAAACUAAUUCCUGGAAAAGCGCAAUUUCACCUUUCAAAAUAGAGCAACUGAAGCAGACUUGACUUGCUGGUGUACAGUUUUCUUUAUUCAAUAAAUGGGAUGUAAGAAAGUGGUUGACACAAUGGAGAGAAAAUUAACAUUGUGAAUUUGCCAAUUUUUAUUUUCUUUUUUGUUUCUGCACUGCUUGGAAGUUGAAUAAUGUUUCUUAAGUGGCACAUGGAAGUUCCGUAAGCAAUCUCUGAAUUUCGCCCCAAACGUUUACUUGAAAGGUGCACUGCAUUCACCUAUGUUUUCCCUUGUAACAUAUUCCAAAUGAUAAAUAUCUUAAAGCUAGGAUUUCUUUAUUAAAUCACCCACAGCCAGUAGUGUAUCAAUAGCAACCAAAGAAUCCAUGUUUCCCGUUGGAAGGACUCUGCCUGCUGUCUUGUGCUAGAGUGGUAUCUUUUGUGAAGAAAUGACAAAAGUAGUGACUACUAGAUAAACCUAGAACUCCACAUUAAGUAUAUUGUACUUGGUUAUAAGAAAAGCUUAGUCAUCGCAAGCUUAACUAACAACUUAAGACUGAACUUGUUGCUUAGAUAGCAUUUUAAUCACUGUACACAUCUACUCUGACCUGAGAUUUACAUUGUUUUUGAACGUUGGAUUUUUUGUUUACAUGUUAAUUGAAUAAGAAUAUACAAUUCUUGUAAAAAAAAAAAGGGGUAAUUUUAUAUUGCUCUGAUAAACUUCCCUAUUUGUAAUGUAACUUCUGACCCAAAAACAUUCACUUUAAAAAAAAAAACUGUAAACUUGCAGAAGUCAGAUCAUUUAAAAAAUGUUGCAUUUCUUCACAGAUAGCUUUAGAUUUGUAGACGGAUGUACCUUUCUCUUUUUUUAAUACAAUGAGUAUUUUGUAUUUGCAGGGGCAUUAGCUUUGUUAUUGCUGCAAUUAAUUAAUUGAUUAUAAAAGGAAUGUGUCCAAGGUGGAGCCUCUGCUAAGCAAAUGCCAUUGUAUACUUCAAAGUUCAGUCAGUUUCUUUUGAAAUUUAAGUGUUGGAGGGCUUUUUUUUUACUUUUGAACUUGAUAUAAUGAAUGAAAGUAACAUGUUUUGCAGUCAAGGUGUACAGUGCAGUAAUGGCAACUGUUGCUGGCUGCGAUUCGGACCCAGAUGAAAUCUUUUAUUGCUAGAAGUACUUUAACAGUGUAAUUUAUUCCUUUUUAGCAUGUAAGAAUAAAUUAAACAAAAAUACAUGUCGACCACCUGACCAGUCUUAAUUUUUGGCAAUUUAUCACGCAAGAUAUUUGAGAAAGGAAUAAUGUUUGUGUUUCCAAACAAAAAGCGUAUAGUUCAGUUACUUUAAUUUUAAUUCAUUUGGUUUCUACCAUUUGGUGCCAUUAUUUGCGAGCCCUCUCCCCAAAAUUAUUCUUGAAGCAGAUAUUUCGAAGGAAGGUUAUUGUCUUUUGCCCUUCUGAUUUUAGUUUGUUGGUUCAGGAAGACCACUAAUGAUAGUGAUCUAAGAACCAAUCCAAUCUCCACUGAUUGCUCCUUCAAAUAGCUUGAGACAAUAGUUAUUUUCGAUUUGGCAUCUGUUAAAUGCAACUCUGUCUAGUUUCAGUUAUUUAUUAAAAUAUGAAAUUGGGUGGUUAUUUUCUGAUGGAGCAAAGAACAAUUUUAAUUUGAAGAUUACGUGGUAACCCAAAGUUCCCCAUUAACUAAGUUAGCCCUAAUUUUAAUGUUUGUACAUUCAGAUUACAUCCAGAACAUUUGCAAAGCACAUUCUCGCAUUGAAUCUUUGUCUAUUCCCAAUCUUGACCAAAGUUCCUGCUAAAUUCACUUUUUUUUAAAUAAUCUAGGUUAGUGUAGUAUAACGUUUCAAUAGCAGUGAUUAACUUGAUAAAUAUUUGGCUUGAGCUGAAAUCUGCAUACAAAAAGUUAAUUGUCUCCCCCAAGUUUGACUAGGUUAUUUCUUGUGAUCAGAAAUACAGGCCUGUUGCUGGAACCAUUGAAUAUUUUGCCUCUCAAAGCAGAGAAAUUAUUGUGAGACUUUAAGCACUCAAAAGUUGAAUGAUCUUAUGUUUGUGAUGAGAUGCAUUUUAAUACUGGUAUAUUGCUUCUUGUUUCCUUGCUUCUUAAGCUGCCCAUUACUGAAAGCUGUGAACGGUAAAGGAGAUGUGUCUUUGGUCAUGCAGUGUUAAAGGCAUGCAGGAACAUCAUCGAUUGAUUGUACUUAUUUCCUGAUUGUUGAUUCCAUUAACUUAAUAAAAGAAUGUCAGGAAGUGAAUUCAACCAUAGCUGAAAUAUCAGCAUGCAGGUAGCUACUGACCAGAGGCAUAGUUUUCUCCCGAGUGUGAAACAUUUUGUGUAAAAUCAAUUUUGUCAAUUGAAUAUUCAAAAACAAAUUGUAGAGCCUAUUUCAAAAUAACAGCUAAGAAAAGAUGCCAUGAUUAUUUCUUUUGACAGUGCAUUGAAUUGUUAAAAGUAUUGAAUAUCUAAUAGUUAUACUGGCAAAUAGCUUUUUUUUUUAUCAUAGUCCCUGAAGGACUGAGCUACUGCUUUCUUAAUUUUCUUUUGGUCUACUCUAGUUCUUAUUUUUAUCAUUGUUUUUCAGAAUGUGAGAGUUCAAUUAUAUGGGUUUUAUAUCAAAUAUCUGUAUAUAUCGGGAUAUUGUGACAUCCAGAGAUGGAACAGUAAUGUUUGCCAAUCAGCAUGCAAUUUUUGAAGUGUGAUACAGCUGUAUUCUGUUCCAUCUAUUUGAAAGUUCUGAAAUAAAAUACAAAUUGUUUUGAAUUAACA